AUGAAAAAAAAACUUACAAAAGAAAAUUUAUUACAGUUGAUAUCAACUAAUGAUUCUACUAUUGCUUUUAUUCAAAAACCAAAACAAUCGGACAGUACAUCUAAAAUUUGGAAUUACUUCAGCAUAAUUCAUGGUAACAACGUGAAACAAAACUACGUUUUUUGUAAUGCAUGCAAAUCAAUUAUCUCAUAUAAAAUAGUUACGGGUACCGGUGGUAUGCAAAAACAUAUAGCAUCUUGCGGUAAAAUUUCAAAAAAUCGUGUUGAACAAAAAGAAGCUAAAAUAACACAGUAUUUUAACUCGUCAAAAACCAAAGCAAAAGCUGUUUCCAUUAAACAGAAAAAUAAAAUCACAAAUGCAUUAGCGGAAUUUGUUGUUAUUGAUGGAAGGCCGUUCGAAACUGUUAAUGGUUUAGACUUUACUAAUCUAAUCGAAUGCGUUCUUACUACUGGUCGUACUCUACUUGAAUCAUCCAAUGUGAACGCAAAUGACUUGACUGCUGAUUCACGAACAAUAAGUCGUAACAUUGAUAAAAUGUAUGAAAAACGUAAAUCGCAAUUAAUAACUUUAUGCAAAUCUAUCAGAUCAUUUGUCAUCACGAUAGACUUUUGGAGCGAAAGGAAAUUUGUUAAUUCUAUUCUUGAAGAAUUUGGUUUAUCACUUGGCUUAUCAUCGUACAUUGUUAGUGACAAUGAAAAUAAAAUGCGUUGUGCAUUCAAUGAUGUUAAACGUAUAGGUUGUUCCGAACAUUAUCUCAAUAAAAUACUUGAAAAAACAUUUACAGACGAAAAGAAUAUAGAACUACAAGAACCACAAAAGAUGUUUCACUUGAUAAAAGAAAUAGUUGAAUAUGUUCGACGUACACAUCGACAAAAUAAAUUAACUAAAAAAUUACAAACUUUUUCUAAAACUAGAUUCAAUGGUGCGUUUUGUAUGUUUUAUGUCUUCAAUGAAAUUUUUGAAGAAAUACCGCAAGUACUUAAUAUAAAGCACCUUCUUUCUUAUUCUCUUAUCGACAAGCAACUUUUAAAUCAACUGUGUAAUUUUCUUAUUCCUUUUGAUGAAGUUAUCGAGAAGCUUAGUGACGAACAGCGGUCCAACUAUUCAUUUGGUCUUACCUCUUCGUCAACACUUAAUAAAAUGUUGUAUUGUUCACGAAGACGAUGA